GGGCUGUAAUAUAAUUUAAAUUCUCCCAACAGUAUUAUCAAAGAUCCCUUUUGGCUUCUUGCUUGACAGCAUUAUUUGUCCUUUUGAUAAUAGCUAUGUUAACUGCAGUGAGAGGAUCUUGCAUUGUGGUUUUAAUUUGCAUUACACUGAAGAUUGAUAAUGUUGAGCAUUUUUUUUCAGUUACCUCUUGGUCAUGUGUGUGUAUUCUUUGGAGAAAUGGCUACUCUAUUUGCCCAUUUACAAAAUCAUAUUGCUUCUUUUCUUCUGAUGAUUUGACAUUGCUGCCACAUCUAUAUUUUCAAAAUAGUUUCUGUCCUUCUAAAGGUUUAAAAAUCACUCUUUUGAUGGUUUCCUUUAGUGUGCAGCUUUUUUAGCUGGAUGUAAUCUCUUAUCUGUUUAUGCCUUUAUUCCUUCUGCUCCUGAGAUCUUACUCUAAAUCUUUAAUCAGACCAAUGGCCACAAGAAUAUUCACAGUGUUUUCAUUUAGUACUUUUAUAUUUUCAGGUCUUAGAUGUAUGCAUAUCAUUUAUUCAGGUUUUACUGUUGCAAAUGAUCACAGGGGUGUAGGUUCGUUCUUCUGCAAAUGAUUAACUAAUUUUCCAAGCACUAUUGAUUGAAUACACUGUCCCUUCCCCAGUCUACAUUUAUGGCACCUUUCUUGAGAAUAAGUUGACAGUAAAUGACUGAGUUUAUUUCUGGGGUCUCUGCUCUGUUCCAUUAAUCAUGUAUCUCAUUAUGCCAAUAUCAUGACAUUCAUUUUUUGAUGGGAAGAGCAUUCAAUCUCUCUACCAUUAUAGUCAAUAUUUACACUUUAAUAAAAUUACACUUCAAAUACAUGAGCAUGAAAUACUUUCUCAUUUCAUUGUUUCCUAUUCAAUAUCCUUCAUCAAUCCUUUAUUGUUUUCCUUGUAGAGAACUUUCAUCUCUUUCAUUAUUUUACUACUUCACAUUUUUUAUAGCUAGGAAAUAAAAUUGUUUCUUAAUUUCUUUUGCAGAUUAUUUACUGUUGGCCUACGUAAAUGCUAUAGAUCUUUCUAAGAUUAUUUAGUAUUCUACAUAUACUUUAAAUUCCUCAUUGAAUGUUCUUUAUUUCAUAAUAUUGUGUACUUACUCUGGCUAGAACGACUAGGCCGGCAUGGAGUAAGUGUGCUUGUCUUGUUCCAGAUAUUAGUGGAAAAUAUUUCAGUUGUUCCUCAUUCAGUAUGAUGUUAGCAAAUUUACUGUUGUUUUUAAUUUUAGGCAUACUCUAUGAAGUUCGUUUUAGUGAAAAUGAUGUAUUUUUAAUAGUUGUAUGUAUUAUGUUAUAUAUAAUAGUUGCAUAUAUGUACAUAUUUUGGGGACAUAUGAUAGUUUGAAACAGAUCAAACCAGGGUAAUGGAAAUGGCCAUUACCUCAAAGAUUAUCAUUUCUCUGUGGAACAAUAACUUCCACUGUGUGGCUAUAUUGAAAUGCCCAAUAAGUAAUUAUCAACUAUACUUGCCCUAUUCUGCUCCACCAAGACAGAUCUUAUUCCUACUAUCAACCUCUACUUUGUACCCUUUGACCACAUUUUCUUUGUCCCUCCAUCCUUACUACACUUCCAAGCCACUGAUAACCAUUACCCUACCCUCUAUCUUCCAUAAAUCCAGGAAGGCAUUUAUUUUAGCAAACACAGGAGUGAGAACAUAUAUUUGCUUUUCUGUCUGCCUUAUUAAACUUAACAUUAUUUCAAACCACUUCCAUCUAUGUGGCUGCAUAUUACAUGUCAUUCUUAUUUAUGGCUGAAGUAUACUGCAUUGUAUAUAUGACAUUUUUUACAUCCAUUCAUCCACUGAUGGACACUCAGGGUGACUCCAUAUCCUAGUUACAGUGAAUAUUAUUGCCAAAAAUAUGCCACUGCAGGUAUGUCUUCAAUAGGCUUAUAUUAUUUCUUGUGGAUGUAUGCCCAACAAGAGAAAAGCUGGAUAAUAUAGUUCAGAUAUUAGUUGUAUUAGAAAACUCAAUUAUUACAGAAAGUCUGUACUAAUUUACUUUCCCCUAACAGUGUAUGAGAAUUCCCUUUCACCUUCAAUAGCACCAAAAUCUGUAAUUUUUCCUUCUCAUGUUAUCCUUUUUUCCUUUUCAUAUUAUCCAUUUAUAUUGUGGUUGUGAUUUUCAGGUCUCCAAUGAUUAGUGAUGUUGCACCUUUUUUAACAUUCAUAAUGGUCAUUUUCAUGUCUUCACUUGAGAAAGGUUUCUGCAAACUGUUUUUUUCAUUUCUAAAUCCUAUUGUGGUUUUGCAUCCAAAUUAAGUGGUUUGAGCUCCUUAUGUUUUCUGGAUAUUAUACCCUUCUUACAAGGGGUUUGUAUUGACAGCUUAUAAAUAUUUUAUAUCAUUAUGUAUAUAACCUUUUCACACUCAUCAGUUUCCUUUGCUGUACAAAAGUAUUUUAGUUUCGUAUAUCCCAUUUAUUUAUUUUGCUAUCACUGACCAUUCAUUUGAAGUCCUAUUCAUAAAUGUUUUCCAGAGGAAUACUUUGAAAUAUUUAGCCCUAACAUUUUUCUAUUAAUGUCAUAUAAGCUGCUAAUAUAUUUAGGUAUUUCCUCCAUUUUGAUGUAAUACAUGCAAAGCAUGUAAUGUAGUAGUCUAGAUUCACUCCUCUACAAAUAAAUAUCCAGUUUUCCCAGGACUAUGUACUGAAGACAGUCCUUUGCAAAUACCAUGUUCUUGACAUCCUGUCAAAAAUGAGUUAAAUUCAAAAAAAGAAGAUUUCAGGUCAAUAUCCCUGAUGAACAUAGAUUUGAAAAUCCUCAAUAAAAUACUGGCAAACCAAAUCCAGUAGCACAUCAAAAAGCUUAUCCACCACAAACAAGUUGGCUUCAUCCCUGGGAUGCAAAGCUGGUUCAAUGUACACAAACCAAUAAACGUAACCCAUCACAUAAACAGAACCAAUGACAAAUAUCACAUGGUUAUCUCAACAGAUGAAGAAAAGGCCUUCAAUAAAAUUCAACACCCCUUCAUGCUAAAACUCUCAAUAAACUAGGUAUUGAUGGAACAUAUCCCAAAAUAAUAAGAGCUAUUUAAUACAAAUCUACAACCAAUGUCAUAGUGAAUGGGCAAAAGUUGGAAGCAUUCCCUUUGAAAACCAGCACAAGACAAGGAUGCCCUCUCUCACCUCUCCUAUUUAACAUAGUAUUGGAGGUUCUGGCCAGGGCAAUCAGGCAAGAGAAAAAAAUCAAGGGUAUUCAAAUAGGAAGAGAGGAAGUCAAAUUUCUCUGUUUGCAGAUGACAUGAUUGUAUAUUUUAAAAAUUCCAUCACUCAGCCUAAAAUCUCCUUAAGCUGAUAAGCAACUUUACUAAAUUCUCAGGAUACAAAAUCAGUGUGAGAAAAUCACUAGCAUUCCUAUAUACAGAUAAUAGAGAGCCAAAUCAUGAGUGAACUCCCAUUCACAACUUCUACAAAGAGAAUAAAAUACCUAGAAAUACAACUUAAAAGGGAUAUGAAGGACCUCUUCAAGGAGAGCUACAAACCACUGCUCAAGGAAAUAACAGUGGACACAAGCAAAUGGAAAAAUAUUCGAUGCUCAUGGAGAGAAAGAAUCAAUAUCACAAAAAUGGCCAUCCUACCCAAGUAAUUUAUAAAUUCAAUGCUAUCGCCAUCAAACUACCAUUGAGUUUCUUCACAGAAUUAGAAAAAACUACUUUAAAUUUCAUAUGGAACCAAAAAAGAGCCCGUCUAGCCAAGACAAUCCUAAGCAAAAAGAAUAAAGAUGGAGAAAUGAUGCUACCUGACAUGAAACUAUACUACAAGGCUACAGUAAACAAAAGAGCAUUGUACUGGCACUAAAACAGAUAUAUAGACCAAUGGAACAGAACAGAGGCAUCAAAAAUAACACCACACAUCUCCAACCAUCUGAUCUUUGACAAACAUGACAAAAACGAGCAACAAGGAAAGGAUUCCCUAUUUAAUAAAUGAUGUUGAGAAAACUGGAUAGCCAUAUGCAGAAAACUGAAACUGGACCCCUUCCUUGCACCUUAUACAAAAAUUAACUCAAGAUGGAUUAAAGACUUAAUGUAAGACCUAAAACCAUAAAAACCCUAGAAAAAAACCUAGGCAAUACCAUUCAGGACAUAGACAUGAGCAUAGGUAAAGACUUCAUGACUGAAACACAAAAAGCAAUGGCAACAAAAGCCAAAAUUGACAAAUGGGCCCUAAUGAAACUAAAGAGCUUAUGCACAGCAAAAGAAACUAUCAUCAGAGUGAAGAGGCAACAUAUAGAAUGGGAGAAAAUUUUUGCAGUCUAUCCAUCUGACAAAGGUCUAAUAGCCAGAAUCUACAAAGAACUUAAACAAAUUUACAAGAAAAAAACAAACAACUCCAUCAAAAAAUGGGUGAAGAAUAUGAAGACACUUCUCAAAAGAAGACAUUUUUGCAGCCAACAAACAUAUCAAAGAAAGCUAAUCAUCACUGGUUAUUACAGAAAUGCAAAUCAAAACCACAAUGAGAUACCAUCUAAUGCCAGUUAGAAUGGUGAUGAUUAAAGUCAGGAAACAACAGAUGCUGGAGAGGAUGUGGAGAAAUAGGAACGCUUUUACACUAUUGGUGGGAGUGGAGAUUAGUUCAACCAUUGUGGAAGACAGUGUGGUAAUUCCUCAAGGAUCUAGAACGAGAAAUAUCAUUUGACCCAGAAAUCUCGUUAUUGGGUAUAUGCCCAAAGGAUUAUAAAUCAUUCUACUAUAAAGACACAUGCACAUGUAUAUUUAUUGCAGCACUGUUCACAAUAGCAAAGACUUGGAACCCACCCAAAUGCUCAUCAAUGAUAGACAGGAUAAAGAAAACAUGGCACAUAUACACCAUGAAAUACUAUGCAGCCAUAAAAAGAGAUGAGUUCAUGUCCUUUUCAGGGACAUGGAUGAAACUGGAAACCAUCAUUCUCAGUAAACUAACACAAGAACAGAAAACCAAAUGCCGCAUAUUUUCACUCAUAAGUGGGAGUUAAACAAUGAGAAAACAUGGACACAGGAAGAGGAACAUCACACACCGGGACCUGUCUGGGGGUGGGGGUCUAGGGGAGGGAUAGCAUUAGGAGAAAUACCUCAUGUAGCUGCCGGGUUGAUGGGUGCAGCAAACCAUUUCUUUUCUUUAAGCUCUCAUUUCAGGUUCAGGGUACACAUCCCGGAUUGCUAUAUAGAUAAAUUGUAUGUCAUGGGGUUUGGUGUAGAGAUUAUUUCAUCACCCAGAUAAAAAGCAUAAUACCCAAUAGGUUCUUUUUCGAAUCUAAUCCAUCCUUUCACUCUCCACCCUCAAGUUAACCCCAGUAUCUGUUGUUUCCCUUUGUGCCCAUACAUUCUCAUUUAUUUAAGAGAAUAUGCAUUAUUUGGUUUUCUAUUCCUGGGUUAGUUUGUUUAGGAUCAUGGCCAACAGCAACAUCCAAGGACAUGAUCUCAUUCUUUUUUAUGAUGUUGUAGUGUACCAUGCUGUAUAUGUAUGUUUUCUUCAUACAGUCAACCAUUAGUGGCUAUUAAGCUUCACUUCAUAUCUUCACUAUUAUCAAGAGUUCCCCAAUGGACAUGCACAUUCAUGUGUCUUUAUGGUACUAAAAUCUAUACUUCUUUUGGUAUAAAACCAGUAAUGGGAAUCUGGCAUCAAACGAUACUCUGGUUUGAUAUUUUCUGCAAAAUCACCAAGCUGCUAUCCACAAUGGAUGACAUAAUUUAUAAUUCAACAAGCAAUCUUUAAGCAUUCCCUUUUAUCUGUAAACUCGACAACAUACUAUUUUUGACUUCUUAGUAAUAGUCCUUCUGGGUGGUGUAAGACAGAAAUGCAGUGUGGUUUUAAUUAUCAUUUCCCUAUGGAUUAGUGAUGUUGAGCAUUUUGACAUAUGAAUCCUGGAUGCAUGUAUGUCUUCCUUUGAAAAAAUGUCAAUGUACUUUUUCAUCUUUUCAAUAUGGUUAUUUUUCCCUGUUAAGUAGCUUAUAGAUUCUGGAUAUUAGAACUUUCUCAGAUGCAUAUUUUCAGAUAUUUUUCCCAUUCUGUACAUUUUGUGUUCACCAUUGAUAGAUUCUCUUGCUGUGCAGAAUCUCUGUAGUUUAAUUAGGUUCAAUUUGCCAAUUUUUGUUUCUGCUGCCAUUACAUUUGGAAUCUUCAUCAUAAAAAUUUUCAAAACCUAUGUUCAGCAUGGUAUUUCCUAAAUUAUAGCUUAGCAUUUUUAUGGUAUUAUAUUUUAGAUUUAAGCCCUUACUCUAUAGAGUUAUUAUAUGUAAUGAAAAGAAGGGGUCCAGUGCCAACAUUGAAUAUAUAUAGCUAGUCAGUUAUACCAGCAGCAUUUAUUGAACAGGAAGUCCUGUCUGCAUUGCUUAUUUUGUCAACUUUGUUAAGAAGCAGAUGACUGUUAGUGUACAGCUUUAUGUUCUAUAUUCUGCUCCACAGGCCUCCAUGUCUAUUUUCGUACAAGUAUCAUGCUGUUAUGCUUACUGUAAUCUUGUAGAAUACUUUCAAUUCAGGUAAUGUUAUACAUCUAGGUUUGUCUAGAAAUUGCCUUGGCUAUUUGGGCUUUCCAUUCCAUAAGAUUUUUUUUUUUUUUUUUUUUUUGAGACGGAGUUUCACUCGUUACCCAGGCUGGAGUGCAAUGGCGCGAUCUCAGCUCACCGCAACCUCUGCCUCCUGGGUUCAGGCAAUUCUCCUGCCUCAGCCUCCUGAGUAGCUGGGAUUACAGGCAUGCGCCACCAUGCCCAGCUAAUUUUUUGUAUUUUUAGUAGAGACAGGGUUUCACCAUGUUGACAGGAUGGUCUCGGUCUCUUGACCUCGUGAUCCACCUGCCUUGGCCUCCCAAAGUGCUGGGAUUACAGGCUUAAGCCACUGCACCCGGCAAGAAUUUUUAAAGGUUUUGUUAAUUCUGCAAAGAAUGUCAUUGGUAGUUUGAAUCGCAAUUAAUGUAUAGAUUGCUUUGGGGAUUACAACAAUUUUAACAAUGUCAUUUCUUCCUACUUGUGUCAGCUAUGAUUUCCUUCAGUAGUGUUUUAUAAUUCUUAUUAUACUGAUAUUUCACCUUCCUGGUUAAAUGGAUUCCUGGGUAAUUUAUGCUUUUUUGUGGCUAUUGUGAAUGGGUUUGCAUUCUUUAUUCAACUCUGACCUUCGAUGUUGGGGCUGUUUAGAAAUGCUAAGUUUCAGACUGAUUUUUAUACUGAAACUUUUGGAUCUUUUGUAUCUAAUCUAGGAGCUUGGGGCUUUGAGGUUUUCUAUGUAUAAAUCAUGUUGUCUGCAGAGAUUCUUUUAUUUCUCUUCCUAUUUGGAUGCCUUUUCUUUCUAUUCACUGCUCUGGGUAGAAUUUCCAGUAGUAUGUUGAAUAGGUGUGGUAAAAGUGGGCAUCCUUGUCUUGCUCUGAUCAUAAAAAGAAUGCUUCCAACUUCUGCCAGUUGAUUAUGAGAUUGGCUUUGAGUUUGUAAAAGAUGGGUCAUUAUUUUGAGAUGUUUCUUUAAUGCCAAGUUUGUUGAGGGCUUAUAAAAUGAAGUAACGUUAAGUAAAUUGUAUUAAACUUUUCUGCGUCUAUAGAGAUUAUCAUGUGGUUUUGGUUUUAGCUCUGCUUAUGUAAUAAAUCACUUUUUUUCCCGUUUUGUAUGUUGAACUAACCUUGCAUCACAGAAAUAUAGCCUCCUUAAUCACAGGGGAUUUGCUUUCUGAUAUGCAACUGGAUUAGGUUUGCUGGUAUUUUCUUGAGAAUUUUUCCCUUUAAGUUCAUCAGGGAUAUUGGCCUGAAGUUUUCUGUUGGUGUUGUGUCUUUGCCAAGUUUUGGUAUCAGGUAAUGCUGGCUUCAUAAAAUAGUUAAGGGAGGAGUCCUUCCUCCUUGAUAUUUUGGAAUAGCUUGAGUAGGAAUUUCACUAGCUUUUCUUUACAUACCUGGUUGUAUUCAGCCAUAAAUCCUUUGGGUCCAGGGCUUUAUCUUGUUGAUAAGUUUUUAUUACUGAAUCAGUUUAAAAAUUGGUUAUCUUAGUUAUUUCUUACCUGCUGCUAGCUUUGGAAUUAGUUUACUUGUUUUUUAGUUCCUCUGCUUGUGAUGUGAGCAUGUUAAAUUUAAAUAAUGAACUUGUUAAUUUCUGCCUUUUCAUUAUUUAUACCAAUAUAAUUAAGGAUAAAGUUGUUUAAUUUCCAUGUAAUUGUAUAAUUUUAGGUAAUCUUUGUGUGUGUGUGUGUUGAUUUCUGUUUUUAUUGUGUUCUGGUCCAAAGAUCUGUUUAGUAUGAUUUUGCUAUUUGAAUUAAUAGGACUGUUUUAUGAGCCACUGUGUGGUAGACUGUAGAGUAUGUGCUAUGUGCAGAUGAGAAUGUGCACUCUGUGGUUUUGGGUGGAGAUUAAUAUGGAUGUCUGAUAGGUCCAUUUGGUCAAGUGUCAAGUACAGAAUCAAAAUAAGUUAGAUUUCCGCCCCAGUGACCUGAUUAAUAGUAUCAAUGGGUGGUCAAGUUUCCCACUCGUCUGCUUAUCUAUGUUUCUUCAAAAGUCUGUAGGAACUUUUUACAAAUGCGCAUAAUCCUGUGUUCAGUGCAUAUAUAUUUUGGUUAGGUGUUCUUGUUGAGCUGAAGCCUUUAUGAUUAUAAAAUACCUUUGUCAUUAUUGAUAAUUGCUGUUUUAAAGUCUGUUUUCUAUGAAAUUAGAAUAGCAAUGUGUCUCUCUUCCUUUUUUGUUUGCUUGGUAGAAUUUUAUCCAUCUCUUUACCUUGAACAAAUGGGUGCCAUUACUUCUGAAAUUGGUUUCAGCAACAGUAUAUACAGUUGGGUCUUCUUUAUACAACUUGCCUCUCUUCAUCAAUUAGGACAGUAACCUAUUUAAGUUCAAACUUAACACUGAUAUGUGCAUAUUUGAUUCUGUAUUACUAUUAGCUGGUUGCUGAUUAUUCUGCAGAGUUAAUUGUGCAUUUGGUUUAUAGUGUCAGUGGUCUGUGUACUUAAAUGGGUUUUUUGGUGGCCAGUAAUUGUCAUUCCUUUCCAUAUUGAGCACUCACUUAAAGAUGUCUGGUAAGGCAGGUCUGGUGUUAAUGAAAUGCCUUGGCACUUGCUUGCCUAUAAAAGAUCUUAUUUCCCUUUCACCUAUAAAGCUUAAUUUGGCUGAAUAUGAAGUUACUGGUUGGAAUUACUUAUUAAAAACACUGAAUAUAGGUAUCCAUAUCUUCUGGCAUACAGGGAACCUACUGAAAGGUAUGCUGUUAGCCUGAUGGGCUUCCCUUUGUAGUCUACCCAGCCCUUCUCUGUAGUUGAUUUGGACAUUUUCUUUCAUUUCAAUCUGAUAGCUGUCUGGGAGACAGUAUUUUACAGGGUUGUCAGAAUUUCCUGAAUUUAAAUUUUGGUAUGUCUAGCAAGGUUGCAGAAAAAUUCACAGACAAACUAAAAAGUUGCUUGCUUUCUCUGCCUUUUUUGAGAAUGUCAGUGACUCAUAGGUUUGAAUGCUGUGUUGCACAGAGAUUUUGUUCAGUUUUUAAAUUCUUUUUAAAAUAUUUGACAACUAAUUCAACUAAACAGUCCUGGUGCUCUGAGACUCUCCUCAGCUUCAUCUACUCUGUCAAUACUCCCAAUUAUAUUACAUAAUUAUGUAGUGUGCUUUUCAGCUCUACAAGAUCAAUUUGCCUCUUUGUUGAAAUGGGCAUUUCAGUUUCUAACAUCUGUAUUGUUUUAUUAUUUUCCUUAGAUUCUUUAGAUUCAGUUUCAACGUUCUUCUGAAUCUCAAUGAUCUUCAUUCAUACCCAUAUUCUUAACCCUGUCAUUUAAUCCAUCUCAGCCUGGUUAAGAACAUCUGCCAGAGAGCUAGUGUGACCCUGUGGAAGCCAGAGUUUGGAACUCUGGAUUUUACAACUGCCAGAGUUCUGGAAGUACUUUCUUCUCACAUAUGUGGGCUAAGAUUCUUUCAAUAUUUGAAGAUGCUGUGCUUUGUAUGACAUUUUUCUUUCAUCUUCAAUGCCCUUGGGGUUUGAGGGGCGAAGUGGGUUCAGCUGAAUGGCUUCAUUUCUGGAAGAUCUUAGGGGAACAAGGCUGACCUCAGGAUUACUGGGCUGCAUGUUCUAACUCUGGGGAAGCAGGGUCAAGAAACUAGUCUGUUCUCUGGUCACUCAAGGUUAGAAAUUUACUGAACUGGAGGGGCUGAUGUAUUCCUGUUAUAAUGCCCACAGUAUUCAAAUAGAAGUGUGGCAGCCAUAGUACAUCAUUGGGUUGGUGGCAGUGGAAUCCAUGCUCACUUGCUUAUGCAAACAGUCUCAACAGCAUGGAAGUGUGCACAUGUGUCUGAUGGGGAGGGGCACUGAAAGAGGAGGGUUUAGCAUUGUUCAUGUUAGAACUCAUGCCAGUGGUUGCAACAGAUACAAGACCCUGGAGGAGACUACUUGGUUGCCACCCAUGUGCACAUUUGCACUUGGGGAAGAAUGGCAAGGUUGGAGUUGCUGGUGUUCAUUUGCAUCAGUAACAACACACAAAGGGUAAGGUUACCAUUGUUCAUGCCCACCAGUGAUGGCCCUGUAGGGGUGGGAUUACUAACACCUAUAAAUAGAUUUGUGCUCUCUGAUAAGCCAAGUUUAGUUUCAAUAUACAGAUUUCUGGUUUGUAGAUGUUACAUUGCUGUGUAUGUAUAUGUAUGCAUGUCACAUUCAGAUUUGGUUAGCGUUAUAUUGUCAUAUAACUUUAAGUCAGGUAAUGUGAUAAUUCCAGCUUUGUUCUUUUGGCUCAGGAUCACUGUGUCUAUUCUUUGUCUUGUUCCUAUUUCUGUGAAAAAAUCACACUGUCAUUUUCAAACUAUAAAUUGCUAUACAUAGUAUGGGCUUUUAACAAUACAUCUUCUCCUACUAAAUGAACAUGCAGUAUCUUUUGAUUUACUAGUGUCCUCGUCGUUUUCUAUCAGUGACUCAUAGUUUUCCUUGUAAAUACACUUUACUUUAUUGGUUAAGUUUCUUCCUAUAUACUUAUUUGUAUUUAUUGGGUUAUUUAUAAUUCUCCCUUUCUAAUAUGAGUAACUAUUUCUUCCUCUUCUUUCUUACACUAUUAAAGUAUUCUAUAUUUGUGUACCUUUUUCUAUGAGUUGUAAACAUUCAGACGUUUUCCUUUUGCUUAUUAAUGUCCUUAUCAUUCAGACUGAAUUACACUUUUUAGCAUUUCAUGUAAGACAGGUCUGAUGUUGACAAAAACUCCUCACCUGUUGUGUGACUAGUAAAGCAUUUUUUUCAAGUUUGAAGAAUAUUUUGCUGGAUUUGAUAUUCUAAUUUGGCAGGUUAUUUCCUUCAACAAUAAAUAUGUCAUCAGAGCCCGGAGUAUUGAGCCGCUGUGCUGAGUGGCGCCGUGGUCUACGCGCUUCUUGGACACCAUGUCUCACCUGCCAAUGAAACUCCUGCGCAGGAAGAUCGAGAAGUGGAACCUCAAAUUGCGGCAGCAGAACCUAAAGUUGCAGCAGUGGAACCUAAAGUUGCAGGGGGCCUCAAAUCUGACCCUAUCAGAAACUGAAAAUGGAGAUGUGUCUGAAGAAACAAUGGGAGGUAGAAAGGUUAAAAAAAUCAAACAUUCUAUGAAUGUGGGCUUCUCAGAAGCUCAAAAUGGAGAUGUGUCUCAAGAAGCAGUGGAAAAUAUAAAAGUUUAAAAAUCUCCCCAGAAAUCCAUCGUCUUAACCAAUGGAGAAGGAGCAAUGCAGUCUCCCAAUUCAGAAUCGAAGAAGAAAAAGAGAAAAGUGGUGAAUGAUGCUGGGCCUGACACAAAAAAAGCAAAAACUGGAAACCAAGGGGAAUCUGAAGAAUAAAGUGCCAAGACUCGUAAAGAAACAGAAAAUAAUGUGGAGAAGCCAGAUAAUGAUGAAGAUGACAGUGAGGGGCCCAGUCUGCCCCUGGGACUGACAAGAGCUUUUGAGGAUACUUCAUUUGCUUCUCUAUGUAAUCUUGUCAAUGAAAACACUCUGAAGGCAAGAAAAGAAAUGGGUUUUAUAAACAUGACUGAAAUUCAGCAUAAAAGUAUCAGACCACUUCUGGAAGGCAGGAAUCUUCUAGCAGCUGCAAAAACAGGCAGUGGUAAAACCCUGGCUUUUCUCAUCCCUGCAGUUGAACUCAUUGUUAAGUUAAAGUUCAUGCCCAGGAGUGAAACGGGAGUCCUUAUUCUCUCACCUACUAGAAAACUAGCCAUGCAAACUUUUGGUGUUCUUAAGGAGCUAAUGACUCACCACGUGCAUACCUAUGGGUUGAUAAUGGGUGGCAGUAACAGAUCUGCGGAAGCACAGAAACUUGCUAAUGGAAUCAACAUCAUUGUGGCCACACCAGGCUGUCUGCUGGAUCAUAUGCAGAAUACCCCAGGGUUUAUGUAUAAGAACCUGCAGUGUCUGGUUAUUGAUGAAGCUGAUCGUAUCUUGGAUGUUGGGUUUGAAGGGGAAUUAAAGCAAAUUAUUAAACUUUUGCCAACACGUAGACAGACUACGCUCUUUUCAGCCACCCAAAUUCAAAAAGUUGAAGACCUGGCAAGGAUUUCUCUGAAAAAGAAGCCAUUGUAUGUUGGUGUUGAUGAUGAUAAAGCUAAUGCAACAGUGGAUGGUCUUGAACAGGGAUAUGUUGUUGGUCCUACUGAAAAGAGAUUCCCUCUGCUUUUUACAUUCCUUAAGAAGAACCGAAAGAAGAAAUUUGUGGUCUUCUUUUCAUCUUCUAUGUCCGUGAAAUACCACUAUGAGUUGCUGAAUUACAUUGAUUUGCCCAUCUUGGCCAUUCAUGGAAAGCAAAAGCAAAACAAGCGUACAACCACAUUCUUCCAGUUCUGCAAUGCAGAUUCAGGAACACUAUUCUGUACAGAUGUGGCAGCAAGAGGACUGGACAUUCCUGAAGCAGACUGGAUUGUUCAGUAUGACCCCCCUGAUGACCCUAAGGAAUAUAUUCAUCGUGUGGGUAGAACAGCCAGAGGCCUAAAUGGGAGAGGGCCUGCCUUGCUCAUUUUGCGUCCAGAAGAAUUGGGUUUUCUUCACUAUUUGAAACAAUCCAAGGUUCCAUUAAGUGAAUUUGAGUUUUCCUGGUCUAAAAUUUCUGACAUUCAGUCCCAGCUUGAGAAAUUGAUUGAAAAGAACUACUUUCUUCGUAAGUCAGCCCAGGAAGCAUAUAAGUUGUACAUAUGCGCCUAUGAUUCCCAUUCUCUGAAGCAGAUCUUUAAUGUUAAUAACUUAAAUUUGCCUCAGGUUGCUCUGUCAUUUGGUUUCAAGGUGCCUCCCUUUGUUGAUUUGAACAUCAACAGCAAUGAAGGCAAGCAGAAAAAGCGAGGAGGCGGUGGCGGAUUUGGCUACCAGAAAACCAAAAAAGUUGAAAAGUCCAAAAUCUUUAAACAUAUUAGCAAGAAAUCGCCCGACAGCAGGCAGUUCUCUCACUGAGGACAUGCCUUUCUUUCAUCUUGAAUAACUUUGUCCUAAAGUGAAUUUUUUUACCCCUUGAUUUAACAGAAUUUUUGUAGCCUUUAGAAUUUGGACUUCGUAACAAGAGUAUAAAUUGACUUGGGUUGCAAGCACUGAGCACUGUUACUUCUAUCAAGUCUCUCUUUUAUUUUGAGAUACAAAACAGGCUUUGUUUUCUUGGUUGCCCAAGGGCAGAGCAAAGAAUAUAUGGUCUUUCUUAUGAUUAUAUAAUAUUUUAAUUUUAAAUAUCCCUCCCUCAGACAAAUGUAUGUUACUGUUUUAAUAUAAUUCUUUUUGUACCUCUCCUUCUUGUUUGGUGAAGAUUUCUGUGGCAUGGAUUGCUGUUCUUACUGCUGUAAAGGUGACCUAGUAUACUGGGCAGCUGGUGGUAAUGCAGAGAAAGAGUCUCAGGUUAUUUUUUGUUUUUAGUUAUUUCUUGGACCUUGACAAUAUCUCAUGACUCCUCCUGAAAAUGCUGCAGCAUAAAAGAGCAAAGAGCUCAGAAGCACUUUAGGAUUAGGGUGCCAUUGCUUUUAUAGAUUCUUGAUUUCAAAGCAAUGAGUUUUUCUCGGGUGUUUCGGUUUUUUUGGAGCGAAAGCUAUGGGUUGUAAUUUCAAUAAAGUGUCAGUAGCAGUCAUAACAUUCGAUGGGAAGGGGGUAGGAAGAGGGUGAAAUUGAGAUGCUUAAGCCUUAUUUACAUCAAUAGAGGUGUAAUAUACUGCAUUUCUUCAUUUGGUAACAGCAAAGACUAAAAAUGCACAAAGAAUGGUGAUGCUCCUCAAUCAGAUUUGUUUAAUUCAAGGUGGUUUGGAUUUUGGUAAGCCUUUUUACUCUUUAGAGUACUUAGAAGACAGGGGCAACUUCCUUGGACUUAGAGCCAAGCUAUCAAACAGUGCCCAGCACAGGUUAAUGUAAGCUUCUUUCUGAGAAAAAUUACCUCUUCCAGGCCGUGAAACAAAAAAUACAUUUUCUAUGAAGAUUGACAAAAAACAAAGUUAGAAAAAAAAAAAAAACCAAAGUCAGUGAUUUAGUCAGAUGGGUUUUUUGUUAUAGGAGCAUUUGAUUUCUAGUGUUUUGUAUAGUGUAUAACUACAAAACAGUACAUUAUGUAGCAAUUCAAAACCAAAGUUGCUAGCAUCAUUUGGCUGUUGUACCAGUUAAUCAUAGGAUCCCAUUAAAUGUAAGAAGUGCUAACAUCUAAUGUAGAGGAAACUGUUUGUUAAAGAACAUUCCAGUAGGAAAAGAAAAGAACAAUCUUCUAUUUCUGGGCUUGGCUGUCAUCAGCCUGGUCAGACCUGUCCUAGGCUUCCAACCUUGACUGCUGGGCUCCUGGACUGGCUUCUUGGAUUCCUAUUUCCUAUUUCCUAACUCCCUCCAGGAUCAUGUUUUCCUUCCCCCCCCACCAGAAAUAAUGUUUUUUAAAAGACAAAAACAAAGGGAAGAAUAUUUAAUUACUGAGCAGAAAUAAAUACUACUGAUAUUUUGUACAUAAUCUAAUUUUUAUAUGCAUGUUUGUGCUUUUUAAUUUUUUUUAUCAAAAAUGAAGUCAUCUACAUACUGCUUGUAACCAGCUUGUUUCAUAACAUGGUAUUUUCCUGUGUCAUUAAAUAAUUACCUCAUAUUGAAAAAAAAUAUAUAUGUCAUCAUACUCCUAGACUGUAAACUCUUCACUACCAGAUGUAUCAGAGCUCCUUUAUAAUUUUUUUUGUUUUGUUGCAGUUUUUAGGACCGUUUAAAUUUUCCUCGACCUCUGGACAUUUGAUUGUUACAUUCCUUGACAUACUCUUAUUUUAGUUGAAUCUGCUUGUUUCUGUUUUACUUGUACUGUCUUGUACCUGGGUAAUCACAUCUAGAUAUACACAUAUAUAUGUCAGCUCACUGUAACUUCUACCUCACAAGUUCAAGUGAUUCUAGUGCCUCAGUCUCCCAAGUAGCUGGGACUACAGGUAUAAGCUACCAUGCCCAGCUAAUUUUUAUACUUUUAGUAAGAGAUGGGGAUUUCACUAUGUUGGCCAGACUGGUCUCGAACUCCCAACUUCAGGUGAUCUACCCACCGCAGUCUCCCAAAGUGCUGGGAUUACAGGUGUGAGCCACCAUGCCCAGCCUUUUUCUCUAAACUUUCACCUCCAAACUCUCUCUAAGAAUGGUAAGCCUGACAUUUCAAGAUUAUUUUCUUCACCUUGUAGGCAUGCUUCAUUCUUUUUGCUUUUUUCUCACUGUGUAUUUUCAUAUAGCCUGUCUUUAACAAUACUGAUUCUUCUUUUGCUUGAUCAUUUCUGCUAUUGAGACCUUAUGGUGCAUUUCUCCAUUCAGUCACGGUUUCUCAGUUCCACUAUUUAAGUUUGUUUCAUCUAUUAUUUCAGUAUUUGUUAAAUUUCUUUAAUAAACUCCUAAAUUGCUUUCCUGCAAUAUCAUGGUGUUUGGUAUUAUCCCAAAAUGUUUCUCUUGAAUUAUUAACCUGACAUCACCAUCUUAUUAGGGUCAGUCAGUGGCUACUUGUUCUGUAUAUCUGAGAAGGUCAUGGUUCAUAGUAAUUUUGAAUUUCCUGUAUGAGAGGCAACUUAGCUACAUCCCUCCAAAACUAGAUCCAAUAGUCCUUAAAGACGUCACGUCUCCUGGAUGGGUGUUGUGCUUGAGGAAGUUCUUCAGUGGUCCAGGCAUUUAAGAGUUAGGUAUUUAUAGAAUCUUGCCUGUGGUUCCAUAAAACAGUAAGUGGUAAUUUUCUCUUUUAAAGUGGCUUGAAUCCUACAGGUAAAGCACAAGCAGGCAGGGUAAUCAGAAGCCACUCUGUUAUUCUGGAAGCUGCAGAGAAAGGGAACCCAGAAACCUGGUAUGCCAGUAAAAAGGGACACAAUAGGAGAAAUUGGUUAAUUCAUCAAGGCUUUGCCUGAAAUGGCAUGCUUCCCUUAAGGAAUCAAAGUUGAUUUGUACAGCCAAUUAAGCCUGUUGGGGAAUCUGGCUUCAUACCUUGUCCCCACAGAGCCCCCGUACAAGGUUCCUAACCUGUGACCCUGCACUUGAUGGAUCAGCUGCCACCACCCAGAUCAAUAAACUGACUCAUCCGAUCUUGUGGCCCCCCGCAUCCAGGAACUGACUGGACACAAGAAGACAGCUCUCCCUAUGAUUUCAUCUCUGAUCAAUCAGCACUCAUGGCUCACUGACUUCCACCGACACAUCAAGCUACCCUUAAAAAAUCUGCUUCCCAAAUGCUUGGAGAGACUGAUUUCAAUAAUAAUAAAACUCUGGAGACACACACAGACACACACACACGCACAUACACACACACACGAGUUAGGUAUUUAUUCCAGUCUUUGCAGUCUAUACUACUUUGCAGCUGCUCUUCACAGGGCGUUUAAAAAAUUAAAUGUGAUUGUGUUGUUUCAUCUAAUAAUGUAAUCAUUGCAGUCAUUUCAUCACUAGAGGGCGACCUAGGACCAGGAACACAGGCACACUUGAAGACUCCCACAUACACAGCACUGGUGGACGUGAGAAAUACAAGGAUACAACUUCCUGGAUUACUAGGCUUAUACCCUCACUGUCUCAUAUUUUGUUCCCCCAAUUGGAAUAAGCCUCUGUGCACUCAGUUGCCAAGACUUGAGGAAGGGUUACUAAAAUUCCUUAUUACUGUAUUGCAGUUUCUCUCAUAUUAGGUUGCUUGCACUUUGCUUUAUAUAUUUUGAUGUUCUGCUGCAGGGUGCAUACAUAUUUACGAUUUUUAUAACGUCUUCCUGAAUUGAUCCUUCACAAGUAUUAUGUAGUAAUAUUUUUGUCUUUUUCACUUAAUAGGUAUUAAGUGAAAACUUUGGUAUCUAAGUACAGCUCCUGUAGCUAUUUAUUGGUUUCCAUUUCUAUCAAACACCUUUUUGCAUCUCUUCACUUUUAGUCAAUGUGUAUCUAUAUAAGUUAAUUUUUUUACAUGCAGCAUAUAGUUGGGUCUUGAUUUUUUAAAAUAUCCAUUGAGCCACUCUCUUUUAUUUCUUUUGAGGGUGGGGUCCUAGAACAAUAUUACUGAUAGGUAAGAAAUCACUAUUGACGUUUUGUUUGGUACUUUUUUGUCGUUUUAUCAAUUAUUUUUCCUUCCUUCUCCCACGUGGCUAAGUGAUUUUCUUUGGUAGUAUCUCAUAAAAAGUAUUUUGAAACAGAUGAUAAUUUUCAGCAUAAGAAAUAUAAACAGCCAAUCAAUUUUAUACUUUAACUCAACCCCCCCACAUUUUAACUUUCUCAUGUCUAUUUUUAUAUUGGCUAUAUUUUAUGAUGCUGCUAUACUUUUCAUAAACUUGCACCUUACUCUUAUGAAUAUGAGAAGCUUACAUAUUCUUAUAAGUAUUAAUUUCUUCUGAAUUUGCCUAUGUAUUUGCAUUGGCCACUGAGUUUUGUAACAUCAAACUUUUUCUCUUUGGACAUUAGCAUAACUUUUUCAUCAUAAAGAAGUUUUCAUUUCUUCAAUGAUGAGUCUAAUGAAUUCUCACCAUGUUUUCUUCCUUUCUGUAAACGAUGUUAUCUCUUAAUAUUCCAAGGAAAUCUUGUGUGGAUACAGUAUUGUUGGUUAAUUUUUUUCCUUUAGUAUUUUAUGUCAUUUUACCCUCCCCCCUUGCCCCGAUAGAUAUACAAUUUCUGAUCAGAAGUCUGUUAACAACAAAUUGAAAGUACAUGUUACUUGCUUUUCUCUUGCUGUUUUCAAUGUCCUUUUUCUUUGUAGUAUGUUUUUGAGAUUACAUAUAAGCCUUGGGGUAUUCUUAUUUAAACUGAAUCUAUUUGGUCUUCAACAUUGUUGUACCUGAAUAUUUGUACCUUUCACUGCAUUUGGAAUAUAUUCUGUUAUUUCAUUGAAUAAGCUUUCCUGCCCUUGCUAUAACAAAACUACUACUUGAACACCAAUGAUGACUUAAUUUGCCGUUUGGACGUUAUUCUCUAUAUCCUGUAGAUAUUCUCUAGACCUUUUCAUUCCAUUUCUUUAAUCUCUACAGAUUCCCCAAUACCCUAUAUUUAAGAUCACUAUUUUUCUAUUCUUGAUCCAUUCUGCUAGACAGCCUCUAAUAAAUUUUUCAAUUCAAACAAUUACUUCUCAUUUGCAAUACUUAUUUGGUAUAUUUUAUUAUUUCAAUCACUUCAUCAAGUUUCUAAUAAAUUCUUGGAUUUUUUUUUCAUUAUACUGGGUUCUACUACAUUUCCUUAAAAUUGCAUUUAUAAAUUCUUGAUUUUUGAGCUCAAACAUUACCAUAUCAUUAUGGUUGGCAACUGGUUCCAUGCUUUCUCUGUUCAUGGUGGUCACGGUUCAUGGCUUGCGGCUGUUUCUUGUAGACAUAUGCCUAUAGUUUCACACUGAAUCAUUAUGUACUUAUUCCAGUCUCAGUGGUCUAGCUUCCUUUGGUCCUCCUAGAGUAUGUUUUCUUAGAUAUUACUUGCAGUUUUUGAGACUACUUAAUCUGUUAGUGCUGCCUAUUUUAGAUUUGACUCAGCUCUCACAAACAUUUUGAGCAUUGCCCAUACCACAUAGGGGUACCAAAAUCAAUCCUUUGGCUGUACAGGAAGGUUGGAUAGGCAUUUGUGCAAAGAAAUAUGAACUCUACCUAUUGCAUUAUAGUACUGCUGAACAGCCACUCUGACUUAAAAUCUAUGUUGUCUGAUGUAAAGUCAAUUAUUUUUCAGGCUAGAGUUGUGAAUCUCAACUGGCCCAACUGUCUUUCACUGCCAUCAUGGGAUUUUCUCCCUACAAGCGCACACAAUACUUCCUGUUUGUUAAGCUAUUAACAGUUUUUCAACAAGAGAAGCCAAGAUGGUGAAGAAGCUGUCUGCGAAAAUCUCACAUUUAUCCCAUGUUGAAUUGAUGAAUGUGGAGAAAUUUUUCCACACAUGAUGGCAGGCAGAUAAGACUGUCAAAAAUACAGAACAAACCCUUUAUCUGGUCCACGUUUUUCACUUCUCUGUAGUCUCAGGAAAUGUCUCAGCUUCAGAUUUCAGUUCUGGAAAAUUACUUGUGAUAAUAUGGGUGCUGAAUAUAUUACUGAUGUUCUAUGAGGGUAAGUAAAACCAGAGUAUUUUACUUUGAGAUUUUGGUGAAGCACUCUAUUCCUGAUUUCACAAAUAUGCCGAAAUUAAUUGUUGUAGUUAUUAAUAGUUUAUAGAUGGACAUGAUGGCAGGUGCCAAUAAUACCAUCAAAUCAGAAGGCUGAAGAGGGAAAAGUGCUUGAACCCAAAAGUUUUACACCAGCCUGGGCAACAUAGCAACAGCCACCUAAUUGAAAAAGUUUUGUGUAUUAACCUAAACAAUGAAGAUAUACAUUAUUUGUAUGCCACCAUUAAAGUACAUCAGUAUUGUGAAUUUGAGUUUUACUUACCUUUUACCAGUGAGUUUUAUACAUUCCUGAUUUUGUAUUAUGCAUGAGCUUUUUCUUUCAACUUGAAGAAUUCCCUCUAACAUUUCGUUUUAAUGAAUAACAAGAAAAGAGAGGUGAAGUCUUCAAUAAUAUUUGUGGACCCAUUUCUAUUUUCAGCUUAUUUUCUAGAUAUAUUAAAAUUGCUUAGUUCCAUCCAAAUAUUGGAAUUUAGGAAUUAUCCCAGAUAAUUUUCCCUGUCAUUUAUGUUUCUGUUUCAUCCAUCCAUUGGUAAGUGUUCACAUUACUUAUCAUUUUUCUUAUUCUUCCGUAUAAGCUGUUACUCUCCUGUAUUAAAACCAUUUUUCUAGGUGCUUACAUAUUAUGUUAAAAUAAAGACUCACAAAAUGCUGCAAAUACAGUACUGUUUACACAUACCACUUACCUAAAUUCCCCAAUGGUGACAUUUUUCCAUUAAUAUAGUACAAUAUCACAAGCAGCACCUUGACAUUGGUAAAAUGUGCAUAUUUACAUAUUUUAUCACAUAUACAUAUUUUUUUAACCACUGCAUGACUCAGAAUACAGAACUCAUCAGUCAUUAAAAAUGGAUCACAUCCACUAGUCUUAUAAUCCACAUACAAUCUCAACUUCCACCAUCCCUAACAGAUGAAAACAAUAUUCUGUAACUAUUAAUUUUAUCAUGUAAAGAUACCUGAAAAUAAGCAUUAUGUUAGAACUAGAAAUUUGUUUUUCCUUCGGAAUUGAGAAUCAUCUAAGGCUUAUUGUACAGUAAUAGUUUAUUCCUUUUAAUUUUUCAGUUGCACUAUAUAAUAUGGAAGUAACAGACGUAUUUAACUGUUUACCUGGUGAAUAGUUGUUUCCAGGUUCUAUUACAAAUGAAAUUUCUGUGACCACUCAAAUACAGGUUUGCACAAAACAUAAAUUUUGAUUUCUAUAAAAUUGCCCAGGACAGUAAUUGCUCAGCCUAACUACAUGUUUGUUUAGCUUUAAAAGAAAUUGCCAAAUAAUUUUCCAAUGUGGUAUACAGUUUUAUAUUCCCAUCAGCAAUAAAGAUUUAAUUUUUUUCUACAUUAUUCCCAGCCUUUGAAAUCAUUAUGUUUUAACUAUUUCACCUAUCAAAAUAAAUCUGCUAUAGGCCUGGUAAGGUGGCUCACCCGUGUAAUCCCAGAAAUUUGGGAGGCCAAGGAGGGUGGAUCACCUGAGGUCAGGAGUUCGGGACAAGCUAAGCCAACAUGGUGAAACCCCGUCUCUACUAAAAAUAACAAUAAUUUACUGGGUGGGGUGGCAGUCAGCUGUAAUCCUAGCUACUUGGGAGGCUGAGGCAGGAGAAUCGCUUGAACCAGGGAAGCUGAGGUUGUAGUGAGCCAAGAUUGCACCACUGCCCUCCACCCUGGGUGACAGAGUGAUUCCAUCUCAAAACAAAACGAAACAAAAAAAACUCUGCUGUAAUGUCCCAUCAUAGAAUUAAUUUCCAUCAUGUUCUUACUGAAGUUUCUGUAUCUUCCAUAAAACGAUCUUUUACAUUUGCUCAUUUUCCAAUUUAAAGAUUUGGAUUUUUAAUAUUGUCUAUGGAGAAUUAUGUAAAUAUUCUAGCGAUAACUCCAGUGUUGAAUAUGAGAUUUGCAAACGUUUUCCAUGUAGUUUGUAUUUUCAUACUAUUUAUGGUUACUAUGCAAAGCAAAAGAAAUAAGCUUUGAUGUCCUUCCCUUUUUCAAUUGAUUUUUAUUAAUAAACUGUCCUUUUCAUA